AUGGCUACGGGUGACUCGACUCGGUCGCGAGUCACACCAUACUUGAUUUACCUCGUGUUUAUCGUCACAUUAGGCCCGCUCCAGUUUGGCUAUCACUUGGCCGAGCUCAAUGCCCCGCAAGCAGUCGUGACCUGCGAGAGGAAAAGCAUCCAUGCCUCCAGCGCCGCGACGACGGGCCUGCCGCAAUGCAUUCCUAUGAGCCCCUCCCAGUUCGGCCUGGUCUCCUCGGUCUACACCCUCGGUGGUCUGGCAGGCGCCCUGCUAGCAGGGCCCGUGUCGACCAAAUACGGCCGCCGCAUUGCGCUGUUCGCGACCACCAUUUUCUUUGUCCUGGGACCCGUGGCGGAGACUCUCGCACCUGCAAUCCCCGUCCUCACGCUGGGCCGGUUCCUGUCCGGGAUCGGGUCCGGGGCUGCGAUCGUGGUUGGGCCUAUUUACGUGUCCGAGAUCGCUCCGCCGGCGUCGCGGGGCUUCUUUGGCGCAUUUACCCAGGUCAUGACCAACGUGGGCAUUCUGCUGACUCAGGGUCUGGGAUACUUCUGGAGCCAUGAUAGCUUCUGGCGACUGAUUCUCGCCGUGGCUGGGAUGAUCGGGUUCUUGCAGUUCCUAGGCCUGUUGAUGGUCCCUGAGAGUCCGACCUGGCUGGCGGAGCACCAUCAAGUGAAUUAUGCCCGGCGGGUGUUGCAGCGCAUCCGCGGCCACGAUGCCAAUAUCGAACUUGAGACGCAGGGGUGGAGGACAUCUGGCGUUCCCGCCGAGGAGGAGUCGCUGCUGGGUCCAUCACCGGCCAAUCCCUCUACGCAGACGCCUGCACCUGUUACCAUCCUACAGGCCGUGCGGGACCCGUACUACCGGCCAGCCAUUAUCGCGGUGGUGGGCGUGAUGAUCGCUCAGCAAUUCACCGGGAUCAACAGCAUCAUCAUGUACAGCGUCUCCCUGUUGCAGAGCAUCCUGCCCACGACGGCCGCCCUCCUGACGGUGCUGAUCUCGGCCAUUAAUCUCGUGAUGACGUUGGCCUGCUCGCCAUUGCCGGACCGGAUUGGCCGGAAAACCUGUCUGCUGCUCAGCAUCGCCGGCAUGGGCGGCAGCUCGAUCUUAUUGGCGCUGGGGAUCUACUUCAACCAGCAGAUCCCGUCCGCCAUCGCCGCGCUGCUCUUUGUGGCCUGUUUCGCGGUGGGCCUGGGGCCGGUGCCCUUCAUCCUGGCGUCGGAGCUCGUGGGGCCCGAGGCAGUCGGUGCGGCGCAGAGUUGGGCACUGGCGGCUAAUUGGAUCGCGACAUUUGUGGUCGCGCAGUUUUUCCCGGUGCUGAACGACGCCCUCGGGGGCCGCGGGAAGGUGUACUGGGUGUUUGCGGCGAUGGCGGGACUGUUGGGAGGUUUCAUCUACUACUGGGUCCCGGAGACCAAAGGCAAGGCCAACGCGGACGAGGUCUGGGGCCGGAUGGAUCGUCGGCAGGACUAA